AUGGUAAUUAUAGAAAAAUGUAAUUGUAAUUGCUUAAGUAUUGAUUAUCAUGGAAUAAAACUGUUUUUUAUCAGCCCUGAACAAUUUCAAAAAGUGGAUUUACCUGGUUGUUGUUCCAAGCCCUUCAAUUCGUUGCCAUCUAAGCUUUUAAAUUUACAGAACAUUGUUGAUGGAAAAGCUACACUAGGAAAUACAAAAUUUGGACCUAAACCUGCUCUUAGUGAUUAUGAGCCACUUUUGGUGCAUUGGAUAGAAGCAAUGAGCCAACGUGGAUUUCCAAUAAUCAAACAAAAUUUAUUAGUUUCAAUUGGGAAGAUGGCAAAGGAAAUGGGUGUUGAUCAGUUGUUUAAUGGAAACCCAGGGAAGAAAUGGUUCAAACUCUUCAUGAAAAGAAAUCCAAGUAUAGCCAAAAGAACUGUCCAAAAAGUUACUAAAUCAAGAAACUUUUUAAUUGAAAAUAAUUUGAUGGACAUUCUUGAAAAUCCGUCAAGGAUUUUCAAUACUGACGAGUCUGGAUUCAUGCUUUGUCCAAAAGGGGAAAAAGUACUUUGUAUGAGGGGAGAAAAGAAUGUUUAUGAAGUUUGUGGAAACAAUGAUAAACAGCAGAUUACAGUAUUGGUGAAUAUUUCUGCAGAUGGGGUAGUGGCUCCUACCAUGUUGGUUUUCUAUGGAAAACAAAUGCCAAAAGGCAUAGCAAAAACAAUACUAAGUGACUGGUUCAUGGCAGUUAGUGCCAAAGGAUGGAUAACUGGAGAGACAUUUUUUGAAAAUGUGGCCAACGUAUUUUAUUCAUGUUUGAUGGAAAAGAAAAUACAACUACCUGUCAUUCUAUUUUUAGAUGGUCAUGUGUCUCAUCUGACAUAUCAUCUUAGCAUGUUCUACAAGGAUAAAGGGAUUCAUAUUAUAGCUUUUUACCCUAACUCAACUCACAUACAACAGCCUUUGGAUGGGUUCAUGGACAGAUCCCCGUUACCGUUUCCCCGUCAAGUUAUUUUCCCCGUUUGA